CUACGGGAGGUGGGCUGAGGGGGUGGGGCCUGGGAGGAGACAAAGCCGGGAAGUUAAAAAUCCUUGACCCUGCCUCCGGGCGUCGGUGCGAAGGUUGUGGUGGAUGCUGAGCUAGCCGGGGCCGGGUCGGGGUGUGAGCCGGGUUAUUGAAGUAAAAAUGUCCAGAAAAAUCCAUGGCGGUUCUGUGGUGGAGAUGCAAGGAGAUGAAAUGACGAGAAUCAUUUGGGAACUGAUUAAAGAAAAACUCAUCCUUCCCUAUGUAGAACUGGAUUUGCAUAGUUAUGACUUAGGCAUAGAGAAUCGGGACGCCACCAAUGACCAGGUCACCAAGGACGCUGCAGAGGCUAUAAAGAAAUACAAUGUUGGUGUCAAGUGUGCUACUAUCACCCCCGAUGAGAAGAGGGUUGAGGAGUUCAAGUUGAAACAAAUGUGGAAAUCACCGAAUGGCACCAUCCGAAACAUUCUGGGUGGCACUGUCUUCAGGGAAGCUAUUAUCUGCAAAAAUAUCCCCCGGCUGGUGACAGGCUGGGUAAAACCCAUCAUCAUUGGUCGUCAUGCUUAUGGGGACCAAUACAGAGCAACUGAUUUUGUUGUUCCCGGGCCAGGAAAAGUAGAGAUAACCUACACACCGAAAGAUGGAGGUCAAAAGGUGACAUAUGUGGUGCAUAACUUUGAAGAAGGGGGUGGUGUUACCAUGGGCAUGUACAACGAGGACAAGUCAAUCGAAGACUUUGCACACAGUUCCUUCCAAAUGGCUCUGUCGAAGGGCUGGCCUUUGUACCUCAGCACCAAAAACACGAUUCUGAAGAAGUACGACGGACGCUUCAAGGACAUCUUUCAGGAGAUCUAUGACAAGCAAUAUAAACCCCAGUUUGAAGCUCAGAAGAUCUGGUAUGAGCACAGGCUCAUUGAUGACAUGGUGGCCCAGGCUAUGAAGUCAGAGGGAGGCUUCAUCUGGGCCUGUAAAAACUACGAUGGCGAUGUGCAGUCAGACUCUGUUGCCCAAGGUUAUGGCUCCCUUGGCAUGAUGACCAGUGUGCUGGUUUGUCCGGAUGGUAAGACGGUAGAAGCGGAGGCUGCCCAUGGCACCGUCACACGUCACUACCGCAUGUACCAGAAAGGACAGGAGACUUCAACCAACCCCAUUGCUUCCAUUUUUGCCUGGUCCCGAGGCUUAGCCCACAGAGCAAAGCUUGAUGACAAUGCUGAGCUCAGUUUCUUUGCAAAGGCUUUGGAAGACGUCUGCGUUGAGACCAUUGAGGCUGGCUUUAUGACUAAGGACUUGGCUGCCUGCAUUAAAGGCUUACCCAAUGUACAACGUUCUGACUACUUGAAUACAUUUGAGUUCAUGGACAAACUUGGAGAAAACUUGAAGGCCAAACUAGCUCAGGCCAAACUUUAAGGUCAAACCUGGGCUUAGGACAAGGACAAGUCUUUGUGGUAACUAGGUCCACAGGUUUACUUUUUUUUUUUUUUUUUUUUUUUUU